AUGCCCGACACCGACAUCCCCUUGACCCAGGUCAAGAGCGCAGCUUCCACAGGCGCGCGCAAACCGACCAUGAACGCAACCAACCACGAAGAUUCAGGCUCGCCGAACGAGAAGCAUGGCCUCUUCCACCGCAACAACAAGGGUGGCCGCCGCAAGAAGGCAGAGCUGGGCCGCCACGGCACUGGUGGCUCCGACGACAUCAAAGUCAACGCCAUGGGCAGAUUGUACAACAAGCUCACCAACGCUUCCGUCGUCACGCGCUAUCUGGUUUACAUCAUUCCCAUCUGCCUUCUCCUCGCCAUUCCCAUCAUUGUUCUCCCCAUUCUGGGCCAUAAGGACGAUCUUCGGCAGGGAAAUAAUGGCGGCCAACCACUGUUCAAGAUCUUCCUGUGGAUUGAGAUCGCCUGGCUUACACUAUGGGCUGGCAAGGUCGUCGCUUGGCUCCUGCCUCACAUCUUCAUGUUCUUCUGCGGUGUCGUCAGCUCUGGUGUACGAAAAUAUGCCACGGUUCUUCAAAACUUGCAGAUCGCGCUCUCGCUCUUCUUCUGGGCUCUCGCAUCCUGGCUUUCUUUUCAGGGCUUGUUCCAGGUCAACUUGGAGACCUCCCCCUCCUGGGUCAUCACCAUGUACCGUAUACUCGGCGCUACAAUGGUGUCUUCGGCAGUCUAUCUGGGUGAGAAGGCCAUUGUUCAGCUGAUCGGUAUUUCUUACCACCAACGCUCCUUUGCUCUUCGCAUCAAGGAGUCCAAACGCGAGGUUCGCCUUCUCGGUCUUCUCUACGAUGCCUCGCGAACACUGUUCCCCAUGUACUGCCCCGAGUUCGAGGAGGAGGAUUAUGUGAUCAACGAUAGUCUCGAUUUGAUCCUGUCCAAGGCCGCGAAGGGUGCCAAGGGCGCCGGCGCUGCUACUCCUCUGCGUCUCGUUGGUGACAUCGGUCGCAUGGGUGACAAGAUUACGGGUGUUUUUGGCAACAUCGCCUCCGAAAUCACCGGAAAGCAGGUUUUCAACCCGAACUCGGCUCACUCUAUCGUUAUCGAGGCGCUCGAGAAGACGAAGCCUUCCGAAGCCCUCGCCCGCCGUAUCUGGAUGUCUUUCGUCGUCGAAGGAAAGGAUUCUUUGUUCCUCGAAGAUUUCCAGGAGGUUCUUGGCCCGGCCUACUCCGAUGAGGCCGAGGAGUCCUUUGAGAUGAUCGACAACGACCAGAACGGCGACAUCAGCUUGGACGAAAUGACGCGCAAGGUUGUCGAGAUUGGCAAGGAACGCAAGGCUAUUACCGAGGGAAUGAAGGACAUUGGUCAAGCACUCCGCGUGUUCGAUAAGGUCCUCAUGUUUGUUGUCAUCUUGAUCGUUGUCUUCAUCUUCCUUGCUUGGUUCCAGUCCAGCUUCUUGACCACCGUCGCUACUGCCGGAACUGCGCUCCUGUCUCUGUCCUUCGUCUUCGCCGUCACCACUCAGGAAUUCCUCGGUUCCUGCAUUUUCCUCUUCGUCAAGCACCCGUACGACGUCGGUGACAGAGUUGAUAUUGUUGGCUCUGAGAAGCAGCAGCUCAUCGUCGACAAGAUUUCGCUCCUUUACACUGUUUUCACCCGCAUUGACAAGAUGCAAGUGGUGCAAGUUCCCAACAUCGCACUGAACAACCUCUGGAUCGAGAACGUCUCCCGCAGUAAGGCGAUGAAGGAAGUCAUCGACCUCAACAUUUCUUACGACACCACCUUCGAAGACCUCGAACUUCUGCGCGUUGAGAUGGAAAACUUUGUCCGACACGUGGACAACUCGCGCGACUUCCAGCAGGACAUUGCCAUUGGUGUUUACGGAGUCGGUGACCUGGACAAGUUGCAGCUCAAGAUCGCCAUCAAGCACAAGUCUAACUGGCACAACGAGGCUGUCAGAGCUACCCGGCGCUCCAAGUUCAUGUGCGCCCUCGCUCUCGCCCUCAAGAAGAUCCCCAUCUACGCCCCUGGCGGUGGCUCCGAAGCCCUUGGUGCCCCUGGCAACCCGUCCUACUCUGUCGCCGUCUCUGAUGAGGUUGCGGCUGCUGCUCGCGACAAGGCUGCCAAGGACAAGGAAGCUGCGCGCAUGGUUCCCUCCGCGGGUGCGGGAGGUGACGACUCCGUUGACUCGGCCGUGGAGAAGGCAGCCAUGAACGAGUUCAACACGCGAGACGUCACGGCCGAGGAUGAGUGGGGAUACAGGGUGGCGGACGACGAUACCUUGUCGGGAUCUAAGGACCGUAAGUCGGAAGACCGCCGCCGAUCCAACGACAUCAACCGCGUCCGCAGCCAGCUGCUUCAGCGCGGUAGCACGAAGGGUGGUGGUGGCCGCCGCAAGCCCGGCGAAUCCAUCCCCAUCUCCCCGUCUCUCGAAGGCCCUAGCAUGUACUUGACCAAGACCACAUCGCGCAACCGCAACCACUACGAUGAGGAGGCCGAGACUGGCGUCAUUGGAUCUUACAACACUCAGUACUACGGCGGGCAAUCCAACAACCCCUACGCGGGCCAGAGCCUCUCGCCAACCAUCUCCCCGCCAACGGCGACACUCGAACCCCAUCCCCUCCAGAGCGCGCCCCCGUCAGGACAGCGCCCAAGAGGACGAAGUGUGUCCAACAGCCAACAGGCAGCACAAGCUCAGCAGAGCACGCAGCAGAAGAAGCAGUAG